AGGUUUUUCGUUUUUUCGUUUUUUUUUUUUAGACACAAGAGGGUCGCACAUUGCGGUAACGAAUUGUUGCAAACUCCGGAAACAGAGAGAGUUCCUAUCCGCGCGGACGCUGCUGAUAUUCACAACAGGCCAUUCAUUAAAAAGGUGACUGUUCGGCUCAAAGAUGAAUUUUGAGCAGCCCCCUCCAUACCCAGGCAACGGCCCCACCGCUCCAGGCUACCCAGCCCAAGGCCCGCCUCCACAGGGCUACCCACCUCAGGGCUAUCCUCCACAGGGAUACCCUGUGAACAUGGAGCAGCCACAUGAAGGGUACCCUAACUACCCUGCAGGACAAAUGGGCCCCGGAGGUCCUUACCCCGGCCAAGGACAGCCUCCCUACGGGUACCCUGGACAACCGCAACCGCAGUUUGGCUGGCAGGGGGGACCCCCUCCUGGUCCUAUGUAUGGGGAAGCUCCUAAAAACACAGUGUACGUGGUGGAGGACAGGAGACGGGACGACACAGGAGACACUUGCCUGACGGCCUGCUGGACGGCUCUGUGUUGCUGCUGUCUCUGGGACAUGCUGACAUAACUACUCCCCUAAAUGUUCACUCGCCCCCCUUAUUUCUGUGCCUCGAGCCCCAUUACCCCCCUCCCCCCUCAUCUGCCUUAAAUCUUGCACUCCUUUUACAAAACCACCCCUCCGCUCCCUCUACCAGUCUUGCUCGUCUAUAAAUAAAAGCCUUGAUUCCCAUAUGGAGGUCUCAGUCCGGAGCCACUUACUCUACCUUGAUGUGAAAACCCUCGGCACUGACUGACUGACUGACCAACCCUGUCCAGGGGCUACUCUGUAGCAGCUUGUACCUAGCUUCUAAAUAUAACCUGAAUUUCAGGCUCCUCGCUAUAAUCUUACACCGACACACACGAGUCACACACACACACCGA